AGUAAUGACCCCCCAAAAUUAAAAACCAGACCGACGUAAACAAAAACAAACCCAGAAAAAACAUUAGUCUCAGAACUCAAAUGUCCUUUGUCUCUCAACGGUCACUUUUCCUGUUUCUGCUACCCCCAUUUCCCACCACCAUUAAAACCACCUUUUCCCCUUAUAAAACGACCUUCCGAUUCCUGCCAACUCCAACAACAAUGCAGAACUUCUUCAUCAUUUUCUCUCUCCUCCUCUUCCUCGGAGUCACCAUUGUCGAGGCCCAACAAGAAGGAAAAGCAGUGGUGCAGCAGCAGCAGCUAUGGUGUGUAGCAAAGAACAACGCUGAGGAUACUGCACUUCAACAGGCUUUGGAUUGGGCUUGUGGCCCAGGAGGUGCUAAUUGUGGGCCGAUCCAAAAUAGUGGGCCCUGUUAUGACCCGAAUGAUCUCAUUGAUAUGGCUACUUAUGCUUUCAAUGAUUACUGCCUUAAGCAUGGUAUGAGUGACGAGACUUGCAAUUUUAGCAAUACUGCUGCUCUCACUGCUCUUGAUCCAAGUCAUGACAAAUGCAAAUACACAUCGAGUAAGUCGAACAGAACAGGGCCUAAAUGGCGAGUUGAUGUUGAAUGUAGAUGGAGGAAAAUGAAGGUGAAUAGCCAUGGAGGGCGAAGAGCAAGAUAAAAUUGAAAUACAGAGGAGGACGGGGAAGGGGGGUGGGGGUAGGGAAUGUGGCACCUAAGGUUUGUAUUAGAAAGUACCAAAACAAAAUGGUGUUACCAAUUUCUGUAAUUAAUGUCGUUUGAAGACGAAUGUAAUGUUGUACAUUGUGAUGUUCUUAAUUCUAAAGCUUAGUGAAUUGAUUUUUAUCUUGUUUCUAAUUGAAUUGCUUAAAACGGCUGAAUCGAAAAUUAGAAAGGGAAAGAGGGAAAAGUUGAGAUAUUAUUUCAAUUAAAUAAGAGGUUGGAUUUUAAUUUUGACGGGAAUGAGAGGUUGAAUUUCAAGGUUGAAGGAAUAUAUAAGUGAAAUGAGGAAUUGAUGUUGAAUUUUGGAGGAAGAUGAAGGGGAAGAGGUGUUGCGGGGAAAGAAAAAGAUAAAAUGGAAAGAGUAAAAGGAGGGGGAGACACGUUGCGGCACCGAAUAGAUAGACUUAUCUGUAUUUUCGUCUAUGGAAUUGAUUGAUGAAAUCGCAAUAUUUUUCUAUUUAGGAUACUAAGAGAGUAAUCGUAUUGCAAACUCUCAGAAUAGAUGUUUUGUCCAAAGGUUGUAGCCUCUUCUACCCAACUCAUGAUAUCUGUAGGUUUCAGUGUGCUUUGGUUCAUCCUGUGUUCUGUAAUGGCCACUUAUUGUGGCGGAGCAUUUUUUAUUGUUUUGUGUAAUCACUUACAAAAGUUACAAUGUGUUUCAAUGGGAUAAUUUGUAGAAAAUGGAUGGGACGGAUAGUGAUGGCUACAUUUUUCUUUACGUAGUUAUGGCUAAAUUGGGGGGAGGAGAAAAGAAAGGAUAUCAAGGGAUACAGUUUCCUUUCUGUUUCAACGAGCGAAAUGCUACUUUGAUGGAAUGAUUCUGUGGAACAUACAAGCCCUCUUUUCUUCCACUAUUACUAUCCAAAACAAGCUAUUAGUGUAAUAUUUGUCAAAAGUUGGUUAGGAGUUGGCGACUAUAUAUAUUUUAUAGUGGAAUGUCGAUAUGUGGAUUAAAUUGCAACUUGUUUCAGAGUGAAGGUAGGUAUAUCCUGAAGUGCGGAGACUAAUAAGAAGUAUAGUUCUCCAUUUGGAGGAGGUUUAGCUUCUCUGGUUUCCCAAAAAUUUAGUUAACCAAACAUCUGUAGAGGCAUGUUUUUCCCACUUGGAUAUGAGAGUUCCUCAUUUGGAAGAAUAAUCCUUUUUGCCAUGAAGCUAGACAGGGGAAAUGCUAAGGUGUCUCAGUCUCGCUGUGGAAGGACUUGAUACACCUUUCCAUUGGUAAUUAUUGAAGUUAGAUUUUCUUUUUUUAUAUCCUUGCCCUCCGCCUCCUAGACAGUGAUUUGUAACAGUUUUGACGUGAUCAUGUGAUUUGUAAUUGUCUUGUCAAUGGAGAUGGUGGGCAUAUGGGUUUUAUUCCAGUUAGGGAACAAUGACAGUUCUUAUCCGGUGACAUUUGAUAGUGUUUGUAGCUGAAGUUGGCACAGGUAGUUUCCAUGCACUGCGUGCUUUUUAUGUUUUACCAGCUAAUCUCUGACCAUAGAUUUGCUAGGAUUGGCAAAUUUGUGAUCAAUUUUCCAGUGAGAAAAUGGCCGAUGGAGAAUCUUUGUUAAAUAGAACCCAAUCCCGGUUCAUAAGAGUAGCAUUGGAAAGCCAAAAUUUAAGUCGAAGAAUCCUCAAUCUUCACUCAUGAAAUCAUGCAUCUUUACCUGAUGGGGGAAAUUGUGAUAGCUGUAUCACUGAAAUGGCUGCUAAUAUUUGCUGCAUCAGAAGUUCCAGGGACUAUUAUAAGCACUUAAUAAAGGGGAAGUCAAUUAAACCCUGCUAUUAUUUUUUCAAAGGUUUCCUUCACUUGAAUUUGUUUGUUCUUCUGAAGAAUCUUAUGCAUGUAUAUGAUGUUUUCACAUAUUACCCCCGCUGUCUAGAAGAAGAAGUCACAUUAUCCUGAUCCCUCAAACUUAAGGAUGUUAUACAAAUACCAUUUAGAAUAGGUUAUGCCUCAUUACUCAAGUAGUGUCAUAUUAUGAAAUACAAUCAUGAAUCAAUACUAUUUUAGGAAAUUGACAACUUGUUUAGGACAUCUUAAAAUAUGUUUAUUGCUUCAGCUGGAGUACUUAAGUGGUAAGUAUGAUCUGUGGGUAGUUAGUAUUUUUCUUUAUGGAUAAUGCCUAUGAUUUUGUAAAUAUGUGCGACUUUCCUAUUUCCAGAUUUCGUUUUAGAUUUUCGAGGGCCAAAUUAAUUUUCUCAAGCAUUAUUAAAAUUGAUACUUUGUUCUUAUGGCUAGAAGUAAUGUGAUGGUAAUUUUCCAUGCUCCUAUUACACUGAUUUGGAUAAUCAUAAACUUUUAAGCAAAGGUGCCAAUUUUACUUCAAAACAUAAAAGGUGCCAAUGAAGUUGCUCAGUUUAUAAAUGAAGUUGUUCUGUUGCGAACAGAACACCUUCAUUUAUAAACAGAGCUUGGAUAGCAACCUUGUAAUUAGUUGUUUCUAGUUGUUUGGCCUUGUUAAGGCCUGUUUGUUUUCUGGUAGCUCCCCCUAGUACUUAGGGUCCUGCAUAGCAAGUACAUUUGUCUCUAGGUGGAGAUUAGUUACAUGGUCGGAAGUUUUGGACAAUAUAGAAUUAUUUGAUUUACCAAACAAAGAAGGUGUUCUGUUUCUGUUAAUACCAAUUCAGGGAAAAUGCUAUGCUGUAUUUUGUGAUUUAAACUAAACUGUUCUCCUCCCAAGUUAUUGGAUAGUUACAUCUUCUAUGGAAUCUAGUCUUGAAAUCGCUGUCCUUUUUUUUAUUUUAAUUAUUUAUUUAUUUUUAGACCGAGUGAGAGAGUAAUCUUGUCAAUUUCGGAAUGUCCCCGUAGCCAAAAUUUACAAUAGAUAAUUGUCUGAAAUCUAUAUCUUUGCUGAUUUGGCCACUAUGUAUUGUGCAAUGGCCAGUUUCUGUAGUUGAGCAUUUCAUGUUCAUUUUGUGUGAUUGCUUACUAUGUGUAUUAACGGGAGGAUUUGAAGAGAAACAAGAUGGCGAGUGAUGGAUACAUUUUUCUUAUGUUAGGUAUAGAUUUGGGUCACUGGGGGGGGAGAAGAAAUUAAAGUUGGAAUGAUCUGGACAUAUCAACUUCAACCUUAACUCCCCUCUCUCUGUCCUUCCCCUCCCUUUCCCUCCACCAAUACUAUCGAAACAAAGUGUUAGUAGUCUUGGUAUAACAUUUGUCCAAAUUUCCAAUUGGUUUAGGAGUUUAUGAUGAUAUUUUUGUCUUCAAACUGUAUUACAUGUGGACCAAAUUGCAACUUGUUGUAGAACAUAGUAUGAGAUAUAAAUUCUGAAGUGGAGUGAUUAACUUAAUAGCAUGAAAUAUAGUGCCGCAUCUCGAAGAUGAUCUAUAUUUAUCUAUAAGAAAUUAACCAAACAUCUCCAGACUCAUGAAAUAAAAGUGAUUAUUUGAUACAGUGAGCCUUUUAGUCAUCAAGCUUGAAGGAGGAAUAUGUUGUUAACCCGUGUAUAACUUACUUCCUUUAAGUAUGUGUGUCUGUAAAUCUCACAGUGGAAGGGUGAUUGGUAAUAAUGAAGUUUGUAUCUAGUUUUUCUUUUGAUUUCUGUUGACCUUACGAGAGAAAGUGUCGUGCUUUGAAGUUGGUUGGCUGUCUUUACCCUGUCGAUGGAGAUUUUAUACUGGUGUGGCAUAGGGUUUUUUGCAAUGCAAUUAGGGAAAGCAAGUAAUUCAGAAUCUUAUUUGAUAAUAGUUUUUGUUGCUGAGGUUGUACUUAGAUUGUUCCAUUAGAAUUAGUUGUUAAGUCAAAGGUUCUUCAAUGUUCAGUACUUACGGGUAUAUUUUUCAAGCAUUCUGAACAUAAGGUUGUGAUCAUCGUGUCACUGAAAUUGCUGCUAAUCUUCAGUACUUAGGGGUAUAUUUGCAAGCAUUCUGAACCUAAGUUUUCUCGUGAAGGAGAAGUUGUGA